AUGACCAACAAGCCCUCCACCUCGUCACAUGCUCAAAAGCCUUCCCCGUCUCAGGUCUCUGGCGAAGCCUCCAACUUUGACACCAGUGUCACCACUCCUGGAAACCCUGUUCAGACUCCCAGAUCCGAAAUGGGGCCCAAUCAAUUCUUGGACACCAACAAUAUCGAGUGGCUCCCUCAGACAGCGGAUACCGCCGAUCAAAACAACUUCCAUGAUCCAUUUCAGAUGUGGCUGUUCCCUUCACUGGGUGAUCUUGACCAGUCUCCUGAUUUUCUACAAGCUUAUGGCCUUCAAGAUCAUAACCAGCAAUUCCAAGACUCCAAGGAGGCCAUCAAUGGUACUGGUCGCGCAAAUGACGUGGCCGAUAGAACGAGAAAUAUCGCCAAAGUCCCUAGAGAGCGCUUCUCAAGGGUGCAACGGUGUUGGAAUCCGCGUCCCGGGCGGGUCUAUCGCAUCAUGACCGUGCUCUGGAAGGAUGUUGCUUCUUUGCCAAUGGACAACCUUUUCUCAGAAUCACCAAACGCUGCCGAUGACUUCAGGACAACGUCUAACUGGGGUCUAGACACGGAAUGCCGCAUACGUCUCAGAGACCAGUUCCGGACUCCUGCCCCUUCCGCCUUCCAUUCCCCCAGAAUUCAACCGAUGCUCGACCCGGCAUUAACUGCAGCACAAGCCGCAACUGCCAGCGACGAAUUUCCACCUGCCGAAAUUCUGGACAUUGCACUAGGACUCUUUUUCCGUCGCUUUCACCCGACUGUCCCUUUCAUCCACGUUGCCACUUUCUCCGUGAGGAAUACCCCUUCACCGAUGUUGUUCGCAAUAUGUCUGAUUGGUCUGAGCAUCCUCGGAACGACAGGUGCAACGAGAUUCGUCGGCAAAAUGUUUCCCAGCUUUCUCCAACGCGUCUCCAACGAUGUUGCAGCAUGCACGCGAGGCUCGGUUCCAACAUCUCAACAGCUCGUGAUCUUUGGCACGGCGUUGCUCACUCUCAAUCUGUCCGUCAUCACAGGCGAGAAGGACACCUUCCACCAAUGUCAAAUGCUCUACGUCAGCCUGAUUUCGAUGGCUCAGCAGAAUGGACUAUUCGCCGCCAACGAUGGACAAUCUCUAGACCUCCUAUUGUCGGAAAUGUCCGAAUCAGACGAUCGAUGGAAAGCCUGGUGCAGGAUCGAGUCCGCAAAACGCCUCAUCUUAGGCCUCCUACUCGCAGACUCGUGGUAUUCACAUCUAUUAUCUAAAGCCCCCAUCAUCAGGUCCGAGUCCGUCUGUGUCAUCGCCCCAUGUCAUGAAUCCCUCUUCCAAGCCAGGUCCGCAACACAAUGGCAAUCCCUGCUCCGCAGCGGCAAGAGCCAAAACGCACCUAUGUUCCGAAUCGACGACCUACACAAACCGGAGCUUGAAUCAUCAGGCAAACUCGGAUAUCUAGGCACCUCUGCCCUCCUAGCCCUCCUCCAAAUCCAGGUCCUAGAAGCGUACCAUCGACUAAUGACUCCUGACCCACUGAUGAUCGGGUCCUUCAUACCUUGGCACGUCUAUUCAGGGGACGCCCGUGCCCGAACACUGAUCCCAGCCCUACUAGCAGGAUCACACACCGCCGGCCCACUGUCCAAAAUCGACGACACGAACUGCACGGUCCUCUGGCACAGCAUCUGCAUCAUGCUGCUAGCGGAUUUCCGCAUGUUCGAACUCGCCGCAGGACGUCACGGGGCCGCACCGGCGACCAACGCUCUCGAAAGCAUCUCGCACUGGGCACAAACGCAAUCAGCCCGGCGAGCGUGCGUCCAUGCGGCCCAGAACUUUAAACUCAUGUCGGAACGCCGCGUUUCCGACAACGUGACCAACCACUCCGUGAUGGCGCUCUUCUCGUCAGCACUCGUGCUGGGCCUGUAUCUGUUCAUGGUCUCCCCCGGCGGCCGCGGCUCGUCGCGCCAGGGCACCGCCCCCGUCGAGAUCGUCGAGGUCGAGCCCGACUGGGCCGAACUGCACGACCUCGGCUUCACAGAUGACUCCAACCCUUCCUCCUCCCUACUCCUUAACCCCCACCAUCAACAACAAACCCCUGACCACCGACCGUCUACCUCCUCCAAUAGCAACCUUAUGCUGACCACCAACCGUGAAGACGAGCACAGCUUCUCGGUGAUCUACCAGUUCGUCAAGUGCGGCGGUACGCUGUGCCUCAACGGCGUCACGCACCAGGGCGGCUACGAGUCCGCGCGCCGCGUGCUCCUCGACUUCGCGAACCUCAUGGACGGCAUCUCUGGACGCAGGCUGAGGACGUUCACCCAGGUCCUGCAUAUCAUGAGUGAUGACUUGAUGAAUGUUGAUCCUGCGCUUUAG